ACUCUUCACUUCACCAAGACACUUUCAACGUCUCUCUUCCUCUUAAUUACUUCUACCAUAAUAUAAUCUCGUUUUAUUUUCUUAAUUUCUUGGAUUCUGCUGAGAUAUUUGAAGUGUUUGAUUCAACUUCUUGCUCUCAGAUCACUCAAGCUCCACAGAAAAAUGAAGAAAGUAGUGUUGAAAUUGGAAUUAUACGACGAGAAGUGUAAGAAGAAAGUCAUGAGGGCCGUCUCGGGGCUUGAAGGCCUUGAUUCAAUUUCUAUGGAUAUGAAGGACAAGAAGUUGACGGCCACAGGGGACAUAGAUCCCGUGCAUUUGGUGGGAAGAUUGAGGAAGCUUUGCCGGACGGAGAUAGUCUCAGUCGGACCGGCAAAGGAGGAGAAGAAGAAAGAGGAGCCGAAGAAGGAGGAGCCGAAGAAGAAAGAUCCAAAGGACGAAAUGCUUGAGCUUAUGAAGGCCUACCCAGCACUUUAUCCUCCAAUGCCUGCGUAUUAUUACGUAAGAAGUUCAGAAGAGGAUCCCAAUGCUUGUGUCAUUUGCUAAAUGGUUGGCAAAAUUCAGUUGAUACGGUGUUUUUUCAAGGAGAGAAAUCAUAUGUACAGUGGUUGAAAUUGGGAUAAAAUUUUGGUUAAAAUAUUGUGGUUGGUCUUGAAUUUUCCAUGAUCCAGAAGUCUUUGAGGUAUUUUUGAUGUAUUACUUUGUAUUUCUUUUAUAUAGUAUUUACUCGAAUAAUCAGUGAAUGAAAAUCAGCUGUCUUAGCAAUUUCAUUAAUAUUUAUAUGCUAUCAUUUUUUACUGCA